AUGGAGCGCAGCCCUGAGUCCGCACACCAGCGCGGCGGUCGGUGGUUCCCAUACCUCGAUAAGUUCAGCUGCGGGGAAGAUGCUUAUCUCAACAGCGCUGAGGUUCUGGAAGCUUUGGAUCCGUACAUAUUGGAUGUGAGGAAGGAGAGGUUCAGGAGGGUGGUGAAGAACCGGAGCUACUCGGUGUGUUUGGUGGUCGAAGGGUUGGGCGAUUUCGGCAACGUCUCGGCCGCAUUCCGGUCCGCCGAUGCGCUCGGGUUUCAGUCGGUUCAUGUGCUUUCGUGCGACAGCUCCAAAAGAUGUUUCAGGUAUAGAGACAAUCGCCAUGUCAGUAUGGGAGCAGAGAAAUGGGUUGGACAUUGA